AUGGAAUACUUUUGGGCAGCUGAUAUUGUGUAUUACACGGCAGAGGGCAGACAGUCACCGAAGCAGGAUACCUCAUCUCAAUCGCCGGUAGUGGAGACCCCAAACUAUAUCAGGGACACCAAAGAGCCAGCCGCCGUUGAUGAAAAUAACAACAGCCAAAUAAGCCUGGUCGACAAGGUGACGGAGAAGAUUAGAGGGCAAUCCAUGGUGGACGGCGUUUCACCCGCCAAGGUUCCUAAUGCCCACCAAUCGCACUCGGGCUCCGAAGGCGAUUCUUCAGACAAGGAGACGAGUAGAAAACGCAAGUUGUCGAGUCAAAGUAGUGUCGCCACCGAGACUGCGGUGCGGCAACACCUCAAACGUCCUAAAGAAAGCGACGUGCCGGAGCGAGAAGAAGAUCCCGAAGAUGUGGUCGCGAACACAUCGGCCCAGAAAGUUCCAAGACUCGGCAGACAUUUGGUUUUGGGGCCUUUGCCUCCAGUAAAUCCCCGUUUUCUUCAACUCAGAGUGUCUAAGAGUACGUCCCCAACCCCGGUACCUGCCUCGGAACUGGAAAAGCACUCUGCGUCGAAAGCGGCUGAGUUCAUCCCCAACAGCAAGAACGAUGAUCCUACAGUCCCAAGAAAUCACGCCGUACCUUCGCUCCCACAGGCACGCCCGCGCCCGACAAGCGGCGGAUUUGCUGCUUUCGCCUCCGUGUCACCAUAUCAUGAUACGAAGUCACCGGUUGAGCCUGCCAGCAAUAUCAACCCAACAUCACCACCACGGGAAUCAUUAGCCGGCCCGUACAGGCAUCUCUCGAUUUGGCACAACAAUACGCGAAAGUCCACUCAAGACGAAGGUGGACAAUCGGCUGGGGAUAGGCCGGAAAAGGAUACAUCAGCUCACCCAGAGUUUGCAGACAUUUUACAAGCCAAAGGGGAACCAGGCGUGGAAGUGGACGACAACAGCACCAAAAUGGAAAUGCAACGGAUCCAGUUCAUGCGUGCAGAAGGAGUUCUUCGACUGCUAUUAAAUAUGGCGCUAUACCCCGGGCUGAUCUGUGAGUUGGGGCCAGAUCCUAAAUUCGUCAAGGUGGCAGAGAUUACACCAAACGAACGGAAAUUUCACGCGAUCAAGGUAGGGAGCACGAAACUAGCGCAAGAAUUGUUCGAUCACCUCACAGAAAACACGCCAACAAAAUCUACAGUUUCUAUGGGUUGA